UUUUCCGCAAUCACUUCGACGCUGAUGAACUAUGUGUGGGACUCCUGGAUGUGAAUAUUGAUGUAAACUUGGACCUUCUUGGACUCGUAAAGUAAGUACUACUAUUUAAAUGUGGGUGGAGAGAUGGAUAAAUAUGUGAUUAUUUUAUUAAGUAACAUAUAUAAGCUACUUGUUCAAAAGUAUUUGAAUGUUACACCUAUAUGAGCGUUCCAAUUCAUCGCAAAAGGUGUUUAGUGGGAUUGAGGUCAGGGCUUUGUGCAGGCCAUGCCAGUUCCUCAACACCAAACUUGUCAAAUUGUUUCUUUAUGGAUCUCUCUUUGUACACAGGGAUACAGUCAUAAUGGAAGACUAUGUGGCAAGACCUUCCGCAAAAUGUUGUACACAGACACACCAAUAUGAUCUUUUAUUGGAACUAAUCUGGGAGAAUGAGGCACAAAUAAGGAAUCUGGGAGAAUGAGACAAAUUGAGGGGACUGGUGUAAUGAGAAAUAGAGGAAACCGAGGGGUGGCAAAAUGCAUCUUUGUCUGUGUAUCCAAAAAUCCUUGCACUGGCCCUGGACUUAGAACAAAGACAGUGUCACUGAGCACUUUGGAAGAACCCGUUGUCUAUGGAAAUUUCAUGAGUAGGAAUUAAUAUACAUGGAAGUAAUGAAAAUGGCUGGAACACCUGAACUUAAUAAUGAGAAGAGGUGUCCACAUAUUUUUGUAAUUUGUAUAUUGUAUAUAUUGGCCCCAGAGCACCCUGUAAUAUAUGCAUGUUCAUAUUAAAACAAACAUACCAUUCAGUUUAUUGCAUAAAUACAAUUUAUACAUUUCAGGGUUACAUUCUCAUUUUGCUUAUGCACUGUUUUGUUUUACUUUGCCCACUUUACUUUCUUAAUGUAAAAAAUGGAACCUGUUCUUUUCUAUGUUUUUGUAGGCUCACCAUCACGGGUAUAGACGUUAAAUUAGCACUGGUACAUGCAUCUACAGAUGACAGUAACGUCGUAGUUUUGGUGUAUGAUGGAAGCAUUGAUGCUACCUUAACUUC